AUGAAAAGUAAUGGUUUAAGUUUUAAUAAUAGAUCAUCAUCUUUAUUGUUAAACAGCAGUAAUAGUAGUAGUCGUUUAUUUGUUUCGAAUCGAUUGUUUUCAACGAAUGUAGACAAUCAAGAUGAAGAGAUCGUUCUUGAUACAAAGGGUAAAAUGAUUCAUAAUUUAUUAUCUGAUUCAUUGAAACCUUCUUCAUUGAAAGUAAUUGAUAUGUCUGGUGGAUGUGGAUCAAUGUAUAGAAUAGAAAUUAUAUCUAAAGAAUUUAAUAAUAAGAAUACACUCAAUCAACAUAGACAAGUAAAUUCGGUUCUAAAAGAAGUUAUACCAACUUUGCAUGGUUUAACUUUAUAUACAUCAGGUGAAAAUAAAUAA